CUCCUUUUACCCGAACCAAAACCACGUCGUUUGAUUCAUCGACGAGUCGUGUAGAUAGACCUAUAUAUACACAGAACCAAGAGAACAAGUGUCGCGCGUGAAACACUCUUUUACUUUAUAUUUUCCGUUCAGAGUUAGUGAAGAGAGAAAAGAAAAUGGACGAAGAAGAGCAUGAGGUUUACGGCGGUGAAAUCCCCGACGAAGGUGAGAUGGAAGGCGAUAACGCCGACGUCGACAUGACCAACCCCGAUGAAGACGCCGUUAAGGAGUUGGAUGAGAUGAAGAAGCGAUUAAAGGAGAUGGAGGAAGAAGCCGCGGCUCUCCGCGAGAUGCAAGCUAAAGUUGAGAAGGAGAUGGGCGCUGUUCAAGAUCCUGCAAGCGCAGCUGCUUCUCAAGCAAACAAGGAAGAAGUUGAUUCCCGGUCUAUAUUUGUUGGAAACGUUGACUAUGCUUGCACCCCUGAGGAAGUCCAGCAGCAUUUUCAGUCUUGUGGUACUGUUAAUCGUGUGACUAUACUAACUGACAAGUUUGGCCAACCCAAGGGUUUUGCCUAUGUGGAAUUUCUUGAACAAGAAGCUGUUCAAGAGGCCCUUGUUCUAAAUGAAUCUGAACUCCAUGGGCGUCAGUUGAAGGUCAUGGCUAAAAGAACAAAUGUUCCUGGGAUGAAGCAAUUUCGUGGGAGGCGUUUCAAUCCAUACUUGGGUGCAAGGGGGAGGCGACCUUUUGUACCUCCAUAUUUCUACUCACCCUAUGGGUAUGGGUAAGCUCUUUUCAAGCUCUGUGCUUGUAGUUUUUCUACCAUGAAUGAAAUUGCCUUUGGACUGAAACAUGAUGGGUGUCGUAUUUUACAUAUCUCAGGAAGGCUCCAAGGUUCAGGAGGCCAACACGCUACAUGCCCUACUACUGAAAUAAGGGAUGCCCAUGGCACUCGCCUCUCACUUUGUUAUUUGCACUUCGGAAGAGGGUCCUCUUUAUAUUCCUCUAUGUCAUUGUGAAGGACUAUUUGGUUGCCCUAUGAUAUAAUGCCUUGAACGGGCAUCAUAAACAUUGUAAUAGUUGGGCACGUUAGCUUAUAGUUAGAAGUUAAUUUAUAUUACUAAAGUGAAUUUAUAAUUUGAUGAUAGCUACUUUCUGAAAGACUUAUCUUGUUUUGCUUCUCAGUAAAGUGGUUCUGUAUUUGUUGUUUGUUGCUAAUCAGUCGUAUUAAUAUCACAAAUUGACUACAUAUAAGCUUCUGGUACCGGUCAUACUAAUCCCACCUCUUAGUUAUUCUCUUGUUUGAGAUUUUGGAUUUUACUUUCAGUGCAAUUUUUACCAAGAAAUAAAAUUUAAAUCAGUCAAUCAGUUCUUUGAAUCCACAGCGUGGUUGAUUAGCAAAAAGGAACAUUGUAUAUGAGUUGACUAUGGAUUUGAAGUAAUAAAUUUCGAUAGUUAGUCGGUUGUUUUCCAUCAACAGAAAAUCUCCUUGCUUGGUAUUCAUUCAUGGCUCGGAGAAUGCUGGUUCCGGAUCAGAUUGACAGCGUACAGGCCUAGCAAGAGAUUCAUCCAAGUUUCUGGAUGGCAAAACCGAAGGUGAUCAGCAGACAGACAGAGUAGAUUCAAUGGACAAGAAGGUUCAACAAUGGAACCGAAGUUGCAGAAAGAUUGUAAACUUACACCACAAAUGUUCUACCUCGCUUGUUCAUUGGCAACACAAAAACUUGCAUGGAACUUUUUCUUUCUGAUUAUCUUUCUCGAUUGUUGUUUGCUACGAGAAGCUGGGAUUGGAAUUUGGGAUCUCUUUCAGUUUUAAGCUGAUUUUUUUUUUUU